UUUCCGCCCAACGCUCUAUGUAGCAGCAACAUGGAGUUUCACGAAGACUCAUACACUUCACCAUCUGUCUUUCAUCUCUCGGUCACUACUGCUCGAUAAAUUAUGGCUUUACAGAUUGCAAGCCACGAAAGUUUCUGUCAGCAUCCGGCUCAAUCUGUUCUAAAAACUUUGCAGGUGUUUUGCCUGAGUCAAAAACUAUUCGGCGGCGAGAAUUUCAAGAAAGAAAUCAGCAAGAAAGCCAGAAUCCUGUUGCAAGAAUGCCAGGACCUAAAAGAGGAGGCAUUCUACAAGAAAGAUGUAUCCCGCCUUAUGAGUAAUGAGCUACUCUGUGACCAUAUGACAGAGAUUUCCAGUGAGCUCACUCAGGAUGCUUUGCUGAAACUUUCUCUCCUUGCUCAGCACUUUGACUCAAAUGGCUCUGUUUCCGAAGAACUUCGUCAGUUUAUCGCGGAGCCCCAGGCCAUGUUUCAUCGGAUUUGCAAGUUCAUUUGGAGCCAAUAUAACGAUCAAUCGAAUAACUGGGUGUUACUCGAAGAUUUCGAGCAAGAAAUGGUGCGAUUGUUGACAUUUCUUGAAACUGCUUUUACAACCAGACGGAACGUAAUCUUCGUUGAGGCGGAAUAUUCGGCUAGUUACACCGACUAG